AUGAGGCCUCAGGAAUUUAUCCCCAUAGUCGGAGACCAACUUCUGUCCAUUCUGGUGGCUAUUCUUCCGAACCUGAGUCACAUCAGUAUCGAGGAAGAUCGUCGGUGGGAGUUCGAUGUGUCGCCUGCUACUCUGGACAAUCUGGGCGUCAGGUCUGUUCCUCUCAAGACUCUAGAGACCGAACAUGCUCUACCCCACUUGCUUGCUCGGGCCCCAGGGCUCGAGACGUUGGUGACUGCUGCGUCAUCCGAGUUCCCGAAUAUGCCUUGCCUGAGGAACCUUCACAUUCGAUCCAAGAACGCCAUUCGUACCUCUGCCAUAGAGCACCUUCUAUCAGCUUGUACCGGUACUCUAUCCACGUUCUCCUACACUUCAUUCGACUCCGACAUAGUGGGCGUUGUAAACCUCCUCGACAAACCAAGGUUCCACGCCAGCCUCGAGACUCUGCACCUUAACAUGCUUAAGACCGAUAGCAAGGGGGAUCAUAAAAUGCCCAGCUUGAAACAAUUCACCCAACUCAAGAGACUCUUCCUCCACACAUAUUUCCUUUACGGCUCUAGAUCCCCCACAUGUUGCCGGACAGAAUGCAAAGUCAAGUCUCUUUUUGACAUUCUUCCAUCUAGCAUAAUCUCUCUUGAUCUCUCGGAACGGACGCCGACGCCAGAUGGCCGUAUGUACGAUGAUCUGCUCAUCUUAUCCAAGGAUGCGGCUUUCGCCUUCCCGCAGCUCAAGGAAAUUCGAAGCAAUGCUGAUCAUGUCUGCGAUGAAUAUCCUCAGGCCUUGUUUAAGAGCGUUGGGGUCGACCUCAUAUAUCAGGAUCUGACUACAUGUUGCUGGAUAGACACAGUUGUUAGGAUCAUAGGCUCAGGCGAUUGUUAUCAUUAUGAUCUUGGAUAUGGCGGUGGCGCUAUGCCUUUGCCUAGUGAGCUCUCAGAUGAUGAUUUAUAA